UUCAUCGCAUUAAUGACACCUUUUUUCAUGUGAUGAAUUAUCUAAGAUGUCAUGAACUCUUGGAUAAAUACCUCUUAAUUGAACUAAAUAUUGUUCCUCCUUACGGGUCACAAUGUUGACAUUUGCGAGCAACAUGGCUUCAGAUCUGAAGGUCGAUUGCCAGCAAGAGUCAAUUGAAGCACUUACUCGGGAAGCAGAAACGUUAAAAGCAAAACUCGAAGAGGAAAAAGCAAAACUUGGAGAUGUUGAAUUACAAGUAGUAGCCCAACGUCUAAAUAACAUCCAAGGGUUCACUAUGAAGCCACGCCGAGUCCUGAAAGGGCACCAAGGCAAAGUAUUGUGCAUGGAUUGGUCUCAGGAUAAAAGACAUAUUGUUAGUUCAUCACAGGAUGGAAGAAUGCUGGUCUGGGAUGCUUUUACCACAAACAAGGAACAUGCCAUGACCAUGCCUACAACUUGGGUGAUGGCUUGUGCAUAUGGACCAUCAGGAACGCUUGUAGCUUGUGGAGGUCUAGACAACAAGUGCACUAUCUAUCCUCUGACACUGGAAGAUGAUCCUACAGCUAAGAAGAGAGCCAUUGCCACCCACACCAGCUACCUGUCCUGUUGUACUUUUACUAAUUCUGAUCACCAGAUUUUAACAGGAAGUGGUGACAGCACCUGUGCAUUGUGGGAUGUAGAGAGUGGUCAGAUGAUCCAGAGUUUUCAUGGUCAUAUGGGAGAUGUAAUGUCAGUUGACAUAUCUCCAUCAGAAUCAGGGACAACCUUUGUAUCUGGGGGCUGUGACAAGCUAGCCAAUGUAUGGGACAUGAGAACUGGAGAUUGUGUGCAGCAAUUUGAAGGCCAUGAGUCAGACAUCAACAGUGUUCGCUUCCAUCCUAGUGGAGAUGCCUUUGCUACAGGCUCAGAUGAUGCAACAUGCCGUCUCUUUGACUUGAGAGCUGAUAGAGAAGUAAAUGUAUAUAGGAAAGAAAGCAUAAUUUUUGGUUGGAACUCAGUUGAUUUUUCUGUCAGUGGUCGGCUGCUGUUCGGUGGUUCCAAUGAUUACACAGUAAAUGUAUGGGACAGUUUGAAAGCCCUAAGGCUCUCUGUACUCUAUGGCCAUGAGAACAGGGUGAGCUGUCUUGGGGUUUCUCCUGAUGGCACUGCUCUUUGCACAGGGAGCUGGGAUUUCACUCUAAGGAUUUGGGCUUGAUGUCUGCUGAACUUUGAAAUGUUUUUAGCAGUUAUGUGAUCACUUUGGACGCAACCAACACCAGCAAUACUUUAGAAGAUUUGCUGCAGUUGAAACAUUGUGUCAUUAGUCUUUAUUGUGUGAAAUAUUAUAUUCAAGAUUUCUGAAUGGUCAUUCAGAUCUGAUUAAAUCAUGUGCUCAGUGAACUGAUGGACUAUUUUGGUUUUGAAAUAGGUCACCAGUCUAUUAUAUGUAGUGAUAAUAGACACAGGCUGGUAUGUUAUAAAGUACAGACCAUGGGCAGAAACUUCAUGUUGAUCAGGCUGUAAUUAGCCCUGUGUACAUUCUACUGGCUAUCCUUAAAGUGUUUUAAAAGAUGUCUAAUUUAUUUUAUUGUAGCAGACUUAUGAAUAGCCUGUGUUUGGAAAGGUGGUGCUUUAGUUCAGCAUUACCUGACAGUUGCUGUUACAAUAUUGUUGAUUAAAUCUUGUGUUUGAAAUUUCUUCCUACAGUGCACAGAAGAUCAUAGAUGAAAUGAAGUAUCAGUAGAUGCAUGUUGUACAAGUAUGGUUAUUUGCCAUGAGUUGUAAAAUAGAUGCAUUCACCUAAUGAUCAGUUAUUGAUUUGGAAGGUUCAGACAAUUUUUAAAGUCAUUUUGUGUAUGUUCACAUUUAUAUUUUAAGAUAAUUACUUUUACAUCCAUUUUGGGUAUUUACUUUGACAUUUGAAUAAUUUGGGAGGCAGGUGAUACUCAGAACAUCUUUAUUUGCAUAAUGUAUCUACAGGUAUUUGAAUUAUUUUACUUUUUACCUUACUUAAAAAGGUUCAGGAUUAUUAAGUCCAUGAUUAUCACUAUGUGAAAUAAUGCAUGCCAUUUUCAGUAAUUAUUAGCCAGAUGUAAGUUUCAUUCCAAAGAUUAUAAUGUAUUAUAAUUUUAUAGUUAUUGUUUACAUCUUUAGAUAGUACUUUCAUCUUUCUUUUUUGUUAUGCUUCACCUUAUUGAAGUUAUUGUAAAAGCCGCAUAAUAAUCGAGUUAAAUUGCAAUCUACUAUGUGUUCUGUAAACUUUUGUUGUCUUUUAACUUGGUCUUUGAGAUAAUAUUUAGCUCUGUGUUUAUAUACAUUUUUAUUUAAGUUAUAUUGAUCCAUGAGCAUGGUGAAAGUUUUUUCACUCUAAUUCUAACCAGUAUAUAGUAGUGUUUUGUUCUUGUUUUAACAAGGAUAUUGUUUUUUUCACUGUUCACGUACUUUGCAUGUCUGAUCAUCAGAAGAGUGGUGCAUUAAAAAAAUCAGUUGCGGUCCAUGUCAGUGAGGUUUUAGAAGGGGCCAUUCAUGAAGUGAUCGUUUGCUCUUCUGAAGGACAGUUUUGCCCUCUUGGUCAAAUGCCAGUUGCAUUUUCAUCAUUAUUUAAUGUUCAAAUGUGUAUUGGUUAUCGUAUUUGAAUUGCAAUCUAGUCAUUUAUAUAUCAUGUUGUAUUAAGGUGUUAUUUGCACCAGGUGUACAGUUUACUUUGUGCCAAGACUAGUAAAUAAUAUCAAAUUUUAA